AGUGAAGUUGAGUUUCAUUUCUAUAAACUUAUAGAAAUGAAAAAAAGUAUUAUUAAAAUGAAUAUUGUAACUCAUUAUAUUGAUACAUUUGAACACCAAAUUGAAAAGUUCAUCGCUAAAGAUUAUAAAAUUAUAGUAACACAUAUUGACAUACUGCAAUCAAAUGUGUUGAAUAAUGUGGAGUUUUGCUUAAAAAACUUUUUAAGCAAACUGGACAACUGGUGGAUGCAUCCCUAUGUGCGUUAUGAAUUUAUGAUACCAGUUGCCUGUAAGUUAUAAAAGCAAUAUUUACCUAGUAGUCAUCCUCGUAACAAAUGUUAUAAAAUACUUACUCAAUUUUUAAUUCCAAAAUAUCAAGGUCCUCUGAAAAUAGUAGUUGGAUGCAAGUUGACCUGACCACUCAACCAACAUCCUGCUUAACAUUUUUCAAGGAGGACACCACAAACCGUUUGUUUGUUUUGGCUUGCCUGCAUUUGUAUUUUGAAAAUACAAUUUUGUUACAAAACCACACUCUACAUACCUUAUACCAGCAUAUAACUGUUGUAAUGGCAGUUAUAUCCAGGAAUUUUGUAAACAAAUCCAAACUGCGGGCAAUAUUAAAGGAACUGUGUGACGAUCAACUUCUAACUUCUAUCAAAUCCUCCACCAGAACUUGUUAUCGUCCACAGCAUAAAUUAUAUUCUGUAAUUGAAGGAGAGAAAAAUAAUCCACUUUUGAAAAAAAUACUAGACAUUAAUAGUACAACCUAUCUAACCGCAGCAAUUUAUUAUGAUCUACCAUCAACAUUAUGGAUACGCCACGAACCAAAGCGUCGUGGCAAUUUUGACAAGGGACAAUUACACCUAAACCUCCAACAAAAGAUUACAAGUGAAAACAUGGUUGAUACGGAAUGGCGUACGGAAUGGCCAUUGAAGUGUGAUCGUCGUGCAGCGGUGUUGUGCGUGGCUGAUGAUGCCUGCCUUACUACCAUAGUGGACAAAAAACUUGGCAUACAGACCCACAGGAACAAAACACCAGAAUUCGAAUUCGUAAAAACUGAUAUUCCAAUCAUACAAAGACAAAAACAAAUAUAUGAUGAUUUUUUUUCCAAACCAGUCCCAUAUACCAUAGUCCCACACGAUCGGUUUGACGAAGUUAAUG